GCAACUCUUCUAAUUGAGGGAGCAACCCCCGUGAAAGAGUUACGGCUCCUCCAGGCUCCUCGCGGGAAAUCAACCAAUCAGAAUGAGUUUAGCCACGGAAACCGCAUCCAUUGCUCCUAUCCACUUGCAGGCUGACACCCCAAACUUGGUUUCUGCCUUGCACAGUGGCUGCAGGCAGCGGCGGGCAGCCAUGGACACGGCCGACAAUCCUCUGCAAGGCCUCCAAACGGCAGCAGUUUGCUCCAUCUGCCUAGAAUACUUCACAGACCCUGUCUCCAUAGACUGUGGGCACAAUUUCUGCCGGGUUUGCAUCACUCAAUGCUGCGAAAAGUCCCGGAGACGUUUCUGUUGCCCUCACUGCCGAAGAGGGGCUUGCAAAAGAGAUUUCAGACCUAAUAGGGAACUAGCAAAUAUGGUUGAAAUAGCCAAACGGUUCAAGCUACAGGCAGCAAAAGCUGCGGGAGAGCAGGGAGGGUGUGAGAGACACCAGGAGCCUCUGAAGCUUUUCUGUGAAGAUGACCAAGCCCUCAUCUGUGUGGUAUGUGACCGAUCCAAGGAACACAGAACUCACACGGUGCUUCCUCUAGAGGAGGCUGUCCAGGACUACAAGGAACAAAUCCAGAGCCAAUCACAGAGUCUUAAGCAAGAGAGAGAAAAGCUCCAGGAGCUUCAACAGGCUAGUGAAAAAACAGCAGAGGAGUGUCUGGAAAAGCUAGAUGUUGAAAGGAAGAAGAUAGCCUCUGAAUUUGAACUGCUGCAUCAGUUUCUUGAGGAAGGAAAGCAGCUCCUUCAGAGCCAAUUGAAUGAGCUGGAGCAGGAGAUUAAGAAAGGGCAGAAGGAAAAUGACACUAAAUUCACUGAAGAGAUUUCUGUUCUGGGAGACCUGAUCAGUGAGAUGGAGGAACAGUGCAAACAGCCAGCAAGUGCAUUCUUGCAGAAUGUCAAGAAUAUCCUGAGCAGGUGUAAGAAGAGAAAGGUUCCUCUGCCUCUGGAGAUUCCUCCAGACCUAAAUAAGAAACUGAGUACAUUUGCUAAGAACAACAUUUCCCUAGCAAAACUCCUGAAGAAAUUCAAAGACUCCUUAUUGUCAGAACUGCAAGAAAAGGAAGAGGGUGUGGAUGAAUCUCCAGCAACAGCCAAUGUGACACUGGACCUGGGCACUGCAGGCCCAUACCUCAUCCUGUCAGACAAUGGAAAAAGUGUACAGCUGGGAGACACGCGUCAGAAACGUGCUAACUCUCGGGAUCGAUUUAAUGUGUACCCUUGCGUGCUGGGCAACGAAGGGUUUACCUCAGGAAAGCACCACUGGGAGGUCCAGGUGGUGGAAAGGGGGUGCUGGGCUGUGGGUGUGGCCAAAGAAUCUGUGAAGAGGAAGAGAAAACUCAACUUCCGGCCUGAGGAGGGGAUCUGGGCUUUGGAGCACUUUGGAGGGGAUCACUACCGCGCUCUGACAUCCCCUCCCACCCCGCUACCCAUAAGCAAGGCCUGCCAAAGGGUCCGGGUAUGUCUGGACUAUGAAGCGGGCCAGGUGGCAUUUUUUGAUGCAGAGAGGAAUGAAUGGAUCUUCACCUUUCCAUCAAACUCUUUUGCAGGGGAAAGAAUCCAUCCCUGGCUGUGGGUGGGGCUCAGAUCCCAACUCAGACUAUGUACAAAAUACAGAUCAUCCAGUGCAAUCUUGGGAGUAUGUCCUGCCUCUGCAACAAGUUGGGUAUAUGUUUGUGUGAGCGGUGUGUGUGUGUGUCUUGGAAACUCCAUGGCGGCUGCGGCAGCAGCAGCAGCGGUACCUGCAGGCAGUGCCUAUGGGGGCCCCCUCAACCCGGUGGCGACCCUACACGAGGAGGCUGUGUGUGCCAUUUGCCUGGACUACUUCAUAGACCCGGUGUCCAUUGGAUGUGGUCAUAAUUUCUGCCGCGUCUGCAUCACCCAGUUGUGGGGCUCUGGUGAGGGCCAAAGCGAGGAAGAAGGAGACGAUGUGGGAGCCUCUGGCUCAGAUGGAGGCUAUGGGGCUGGUUCUGAGGGGGCAGGGGAUGACGGAGGGAUAGAUGACCUGGGCCCUGAGGAAGACGCCGAUGAUGAAGAUGACGAUUUAGAGGAUGACGAAUACCUGGAUGACGGGGAUAUGGAAGAGGAGGAAGAGGAUGCCUCCAGGGAUGAGUAUGAUGAAGAUGACGAAGUGUGGGAUGAGGAAGAUGACAGAGAGUACUGGGACCAGGACCCUGGGUCGGAUGAGAUGUGGGAGGAUGCUGUGGGGAGUGAUCUAUUCUUUGAUAAUUAUGAUGAUGAUGAGGAAGUAAUGGAUGAGGAAGAGGAGCCAGAGGAAGAGUACACUGUAUCUGCAACCCCACCUACUCCCCCACCACGCCACUCUUUCACUUGCCCCCAGUGCCGCAAAGUCUUUCCCCGUCGCAACUUCCGCCCCAACCUUCAGCUGGCCAACAUGGUGCAGAUCAUUCGCCAGAUGCAUCCGCAACCAUUCAAACCCCCGGCAGCAUCAGCUGAGGCAGUCGAGUUGGCGGCAGCAGGGGAUUCAUCUGGAGCACCUGCUGUCCUGGCAGCAGGCCGGGCUACGCGGGGCGAGAGAGCCCUAUGUGAGAAGCACCAGGAGCCCCUCAAGCUUUUCUGUGAGACAGAUGAGGAACCCAUCUGUGUGGUGUGCAGGGAGUCGCGAAACCAUAAACACCACAGUGUGAUGCCACUGGAAGAAGUUGUGCAAGAGUACAAGGCCAAACUUCAGGGUCUCUUGGAUCCACUGAAGAAAAAACUUGAGACUGUCCUGAAACAAAAGUCAACUGAAGAGGAGAAAAUAGCCGAUCUCAAAAACAAGAUGAAGCUUGAUAUGAAAGAGUUUGAGUCGGACUUUGAGCGGCUGCACCAGUUCAUUGUCGGAGAGCAGGCGCUGCUGCUGCACCAGCUGGAGGACCGCUACGAAGUGCUGUUGGCCCGCCAGAGCAGCAAUGUCACCCACCUGGAGGAGCAGGGGGCCGCUCUCAGCCGCCUCAUUGCAGAAGCUGAAGACAAAAGCAAGCAAGACGGCUUGCAGCUUCUCAAGGACUUCAAAGGCACCUUAGUCAGGUGUGAGAAUAUCAAAUUCCAGGAUCCCGAGAUGGUGCCAGUGGAUGCAGGAAAGAAGUAUCGGAACUAUUUCCUUAUAGAUGUCUUAAUGAGGAAGAUGGAGAAGGUCUUCUGCAAAGUCCCUCAAGUUGAUUUGACCCUGGACCCAGAUACAGCCCACCCUCGGCUCACCCUUUCCUCAGACUGCCGCAGCGUCCGCCUUGGGGAGCGCUGGCGGGACCUGCCAGAUAACCCCAAGCGCUUCGACUCUGACUACUGCGUGCUGGCUUUGCAGGGUUUCACUUAUGGCCGCCACUACUGGGAAGUAGAGGUGGGUGGCCGGCGGGGUUGGGCUGUGGGGGCUGCCCGCGAAUCUGCCCGACGCAAAGAGAAGCCCAAUGGAGGUCCCCACCAGAAACGGGAGAUCUGGUGCGUAGGGACCAACGGCAAGAAGUACCAGGCACUGACCACCACUGAGCAGACGUCCCUCUCUCCAACUGAGAAGCUCCGGCGCUUUUGUGUUUACCUGGACUACGAACGGGGCCAGCUGGGCUUCUACAAUGCUGAGAGCAUGACCCACAUCCACACUUUCAACGCUUCCUUCCAUGAGCGCAUCUUCCCCUUCUUCCGCAUUCUCUCCAAGGGCACCCGCAUAAAAAUCUGCAAUUGAUCCCAUUUCUGCUUUUGCUCUUGCACGUAGCUGGAUUUCUCCCCUGAGGCCUCCACCUCACUUUUAAUCCUCCUAUCCUGGCUCAUCCUUGCCAAAUGAUCCCUAAUCCUCAUCGCUCUUGGACCUUGGUGGAUUCCUUCUCUUAAACUCUGGCAGUGAUUCGAUUCUUCCUCCUAAGGAUUAAUUACUGCAUAGAUACUCUUCUUGAGAGCUCAACUAGAUGGUGGGUCUGAAUCUUCUUUCCCCCUUGUGGCCCAGAUCCACACUCAAGAACUUCUCUUCCUUCACCUCUGACAUUCUGCUGUGAGCUGGCUACAUACUGACUGACCUUUCCUUGAGGAUCUCUUGGUCCCUGAUCCCUUUUAGGAGAGAAAAGAAUCAAGGCUUAUUCAGCAUGUGAUUUCCCCUGCCGCCCAGCUGUGUUCUUGGUGAGAUCUGCGUUGUCACAGAAGGCUAACUGCUCUGUUGUGCCCAUCUGACAUUUCAAAGGCACCCAAAUCCUCUUAAGAAGUCAGGCAUUCAAGUCUCAGUUCCUGUGAGUGCUCAAUUGACUUAGCUUUUUGUGCUUCUGGUGCUCUGACAAGAUUGACUGGUCCCAAUCUGUUCUUGGAGCUAUAUGCAGCCUAUGCUAGGAAAAUAAUUCUGUUUCUGUCUUGUCCCAAAACCUUUCUGAAACAACUGUGGGGUAGCUAAAUACUGUGCUACAGAAACACCCUAUCUGGUUUCCACAUCCUAGGUGGUUUCUUCUCCUUCUACUGUCCCACUGUUUCUCCCUGACACUCUCCUUCGUUGGUUCUUCCCUCUUUUCUCUUGUUCUUUACUAUUACCGAGCGUUCCACAAAAUCACCAGCCCAGUUUCCAUUUCUUGUGUGUGGUUUGACUUAAGGUCCCAGCUGUUUUUCUCCCUCCCUAGGAUGUCCCCCUCUCUCCUGCUUGGUGUUUGUUGAUACUAGCAGUGUGAUAUUCAGGCCUUUUGGGGGCAAGGAUGGAUCUUGGCUGACCUGUAUAGCCAAGGAUGUCACUGGGGGAUUGUGGCCCUUGGGAUUAGUGUAGCUAUGCCAGAAGCUAGCUUCAGGUGUGGUCUUCAUCACUGUUGCCUCGCCCACUCUUUCUCAUCUAGAUAACUUAUUUUAAAUUGCUCUCUCCUUCCAAUUGCUCCACAGACUUGCAGUGGAAUCAUUUUCUUCCAAACCUGCAAGCCACUGGAGGCUUUACCUAUGCCAGCUGUGUGUUGGGUUUUGGGAGGAUUCUUUUUGGCAUUACAGAGCUCCUUUGAACUAUUUUUGGCUAUAAAAAAAGACUUAAAAUGGAGAUUUAGUUUUUGGAAAAGUUGAGAGAAUAAAUACAUACAAUAAACAAUUCUACAAGUUCA